AUGGCGGCGGCGGCGGCCGGGCCGGAGCCGGGGCCGCUCCGCGCGUGGGCGGCGGCGGCGGCGCGGCAGCACGCGGCGUGGCGCGCGGCGCUGGCGGGCUGGGCCCCGCCGCUGCGGUCGCUGUCCGCGCUGGCGGCGCAGAUGCGGGCGGCGCGGCGGGUGGCCUGGGGCCGCUCCCCGCUGCGCGACUGCGGCCGCGACCUGCCGGCCCGGCUCUGGCGGAAGCAGCGCGGCGCGGCCGAGGCGCUGCUGGAGGAGCUGGGCGGCCGGCGGGCCGAGCUGCGGGCCGUGCGGGACGGCGCGGCGGCCGGGCUGGGCGCGGCGCUGCGGGUGUGCGAGCGGCGGGCGGCGGAGCUGGGCCCGGCGGCGGCCCUGCGGCGGGGGCCGCGCUGCCCCUCGGUGGCCGACGCGCUGGAGGCGCUGCGGGACCUGGAGCGGUACUACCGGCGGCUGUACCUGGAGAGCGAGCUGCUCCUGCUCCGCGUCAGCUGCGACGACCUAGACGACAUGGAAGCCCUCCCGCGGUCCUGGGAGAGGAUCUUGGGGCGCUACGACGAAGACGUCGUCCAAGAUACACUUCUUAAGAUCUCUCUGUUUGUGGACAACCAGCAAGAGCUGUGCAGCUCCACAGACUCGUGACAGAACAGGAGGGACUGAUGUUGACCAGCUUCUACGAGAGAGGUGGAAAUGGACUGAAGAAGAGGCUGAGCUGAACAAGCUGGGAAGACAGAGGGGAGUCGUCUUCAGCCACGGAAGUCAUCCUUUCUUUUGCCCGACAUGGAUAUUUUGUAUGCUGAAAAAAAUGCUGAGGCUUAAUGACUUGAGGUGUGCCGCUAACAAAUGAGCGUGACAUAAAGUCCAGCAGGCUGAUACCAUGUAAGAAAGAUGUUUAGGUAUUAUCCUUACAAAUAAAUAAAAAAAUGUCAAAUUGAGGCUUAAAAGCGGUUUGCACCUCGUGCCUCUGAGCAUCGUGUUUGCUUUCCUCCCACCUGUACAUUGAAGAGGAAGGAGCAAAUUUGGCUUGAAAAACUAAUUACUGAGGUGCAUGGACAUCUGGGUUCUGACACAGGCAGUUUUCGAGUGCGUUAGAAUAUGAUGUCUCUGCUGGGGCAUGUUUAAAUCACAGUCGUAACACUUCCCGCUCUGUGGCAGCAGCAGUGGCAGGUGACAGUUUUGGGGACAUCUUCUGUUGGCCAUGACACCGAUGCCCUGUGACGUUCCUGGGGAGGGGGGGACGCCUGUCUCUAUAUAACAUACUUGGUAAGGAAUUGUAGCUUCCCAGAGAAGGCCAAAUAAAGAAUCAUACUUGUGCAGAGUGUA